CUCUGUGUGACACGGUGUGAGACACACUGCAGGAUGCUCCUGGCCCACUGUGUGAUGCCGUGGGUUGUGUUGACGGUCCUCAGCCGGCCGGCGUGGAGCGCUGUGAAGGUCAUCCAGCCCUACAGAGUGGUGAGCGCCAACGGGGAGGCGCAGGUGAAGUGCCUGGUCCAACCGCGACCCUCCCACGACCUCACCCCGCCUUACCCUCACCCCGACCCCGAGGAGCUGCGCGUCACUCUGCUCAAAGGCCUCUACGGCGCCCGGGAGGCCUGCUCGUCCAUCCUCACCCUCACCGGGCAGAGGGAGCCGGCCGUGGAGCACCGGGGAGAGGUGCAGUGCUCGGCUCAGAUGACAGAGGGCGCCGUGGAGGUGACGGUGACCGGACUGAGGGCCGCGGACACGGAUUUGUACCGCUGCGACAUCGAGAUCUUCUUCCCGCCGCCGUACCGGCGGCUCACCGGCAACGGCACGCUGGUUCACGUCUUAGGUGGGACGGCCCGCACCGAGACCUUCCUGUCUCACUCUCACAGCUCCGAACUGUCCCGUGCCGGCGGCUCAGGGACAGAUUGCACACCGGGGUGA